AUGUCUGCGGCAGCGCCAUACGAGCCUCUCGCCAAGGAGGCGGCGAAGGGCUUCGCCAACGCCUCGGCCUACGAUGCAUAUAGGCCAUCGUAUCCGCCGGAGGCAGUUGAAGCGCUUCUGAAACAGCUGCACAUUGCCGGCCAAGCGCAUGCAAACGUGGUGGAGAUUGCCAGCGGAACGGGCAAGUUUACAGAGCAACUGGCCGCCCGACCCGAGAAUUACAAUGUCAUUGCAAUAGAACCACAUGCCGGCAUGCGCGCCGAACUAGAACGAAAGGCACUCCGAGAUGUCAAGGUUGUCGACGGCCAUGCUGCUAAGAUGCCAGUUGGGGAUGAAUGGGGAGAUGCGUGCAUUGCAGCACAGUCCUUUCAUUGGUUUGCGACAGAUGAGGCGGUGAACGAGAUUCACAGGGUACUGAAGGAGAAGGCGGUGUUUGGCAUGAUCUGGAAUGUUGAAGACUACAAUAAGCCAUCAUCGUGGAAGGCUACAACGGCAUGGGAGCAGAAGCUCAAUAAUCUAAUAUUCUCAACUUCGACGGAUGGGCGCCCUCGUUUCCGUGAUCAAGCCUGGCAAGAAGUGUUUCAGAAACAGUUGAAGUCAAACCCACUGCAGGUAAUUCGCGACACAUUGAUAGACAGGCUGCCCAAAUUCUCGGUGCCUCUAGGUCAGGACAGCGUGUCAUGGACCGUAUGGCUUACCGAGGACGCAUUAUGGAAUCGCUUCAACACGCUGAGCCAGAUCGCAGUGCUAGAGGGCGAGAAGAAGGUGGCUGCACAGGCAUGGUUCAAGGAGGCUUUGACGAUGGAUGACGUGGAGAGAAACGAGAAAGGCGAGGUAGCGGUUCAUGGAGUCACAUACUUUGCCUGGACGGAUAGAAUGUAG